UGAGCUUUGUCUCGAAUCACGUGAUACAUAUAUGUACUAUUACAUAAUUCAAAAGCGAUGAGCAGUUAAUUUUUUGUGAAACUUUUAAAGAAUUGACAAACGCAUACAAUUCUUGUUCAUUGAUCUUUAGUUUCUACAAUAAAUACAUUAAUUAAUUUGUAUUGGCACUCCUCGGCCACCGCACAAGUGUUUGGACACGCAAGAGUGGAUAGGAUAUUGGCCUUGUAUCGACUGUUGAAGCUCUCACCUUUCACCACUCAAAAGUUUAUAUGAUAUUGCUGAAGUCUUAGCUUUCCAGAACGUUAAAGAUGAAAACCUAAAAAUUUAUCCGAACAACAUUUCCAACAACAAUCUGCUUAUCAAAAAACAAAUCACUGCCGUCUACAACAAGAACGUUAAAUAUCAAAACCUGAAAGUUUCAACCGUCGACCAGUUGAAGAACAUUGCCAAGUAGUCUUCGUUGCCUAACUACUUCUUGACUGGCUGUGCUUAUACUCUACUAUAUACUCUGCUUGAGUUGUUGAUCUAGCUACACUUGCUUGUCGUUUACUACUUUAACAAACUAUACUUGAAUCGUUAGUGGAACAUAGAAGAGCAUACUCUAGCGUUCCUUGAAGAUAACGUAGUACUCGUUUUACUCCAUUUGGAUGCUUAACUCCAGGAUUUGACAUAAACUUAGAACCUUUAAUUUAUCUGAAAGAUUGAAUGUUCAAAGUUUCAACCGUCGACCAGUAAAAGGUAUGUGACAUGUAAAGAACUAAAGCAAGCUUCAUUUGGACGAUGAGGUCGUCAGAUAUGAAGUCUUACUUCUACAACAAAGCAUUUUGAAAACGGAAAGUCUUUUCUAAAAGCUCAGAAACGAUUUAUGACGUAGCUCUUUGACAUGCAGAUAGAAUCAAGAGAAAAAAGAAACCUAUUUUACAUUAGGCAAAUAAUUAAUGUUGUUCAAAAGGAACUUGCUUCGUUUUUCAUCGAACAAUGGAACAUUCAUUACAAAUCAUCUUAUGGAGAAUGGGAUGAUACACACAAAAGUGGCAACAAAUUUUACAGUUUAGAAUCAGGAAGAAAAUUAGACCAAAAAACACGACAAAAAUAUCAGAAUGGAGACACCAGUAAAUGGGACUGUACGAUAUUAUUUGAUGCAAUAGUUUUUUCAAACUCAAUUAAAAAGUAUCUUGACGAAAAAACAAAAGAUGCUGUUCAUGCACUUCGUUGUGAAAGAAACAAUUACGCACAUUGGUAUGAAGGGGAAUGCUCAGAUGAUGAUUUUGAUAAAAUAGUCAAUAUCAUUGAAAAUUCAUUUCAAGAUUUGAAAUUUUCUCCCGAUGAAAUCAUUGAAAUAAAAAAUCAUCGAAACUGUUUUAAUUCGUUCCAAGUUCUUCCUUCAAAACCUAACCAUUUUUUCGUUGAACGCACUGAAUUACGAGAUGAAACUACAAAAUAUCUUGAAAAAUUAAAGAAAGGUAACAAUGAUAAACUGACAUACUUCUACAUCACUGGUAAUCCUGGCAGUGGUAAAUCACAGCUUGCAAGACAGGUUUGUGAAAAAAUAUCGUGUGAUUGGAAAAAAAGAACUUCGUUUGUAAUGACCCUCGAUGGAAAAAAUGAGGAAUCUCUUUUAAAAUCUUACUGUGAACUUGGAUACCGUUUAAACUGUGAUAAGUAUAUGAUUAAAAAAUUUGAAGAUGAAAACUGUUCCAUCACAGACAAAGUGAAGAACUUGCGAUCGUUAGUAUCCACACGAUUAAAAUUCUGGCAAAAUUGGUUGAUCAUUGUAGACAACGUGGCACAGCUUGAAAAAAUUUCUUUGUUACUUCCCCAAGUUGGUGAUCCCAUGUGGAUAAAUGGGCAAAUCAUAGUUACCAUCCAGAACACAGAUGCUGUACCUCAAGACGAUGAGUUUAACAAACAUAUUUCUAUCAGAAGUGGAAUGAAUGAUAGGGAAUGUUUUCAACUGUUGAAGCAUUACACUAUUGAAAAUGCUGAUGAUCAAUUGUUGAAUGAAGUAUCGCACGCAUUAGAUCGUCAACCGCUGGCUUUGGCAGCUGCUGGUUAUUAUGUCAGUCUUGUAAACAAAGCAAACUGCUCAUUUACUUGGAGUCAAUAUUUAAAGAAAAUAUUUUCAGAAGAAGAAGAAAACAUGGACGCCAAUUUUGUUAAAUUUAACUCGGUGUAUCCUAGAAGUAUGUUACAAGCUUCAGUUUUAGCUGUUAGACAAAAUGCUGAAGAAUCCUUAAUAUUGGCAAAUGUUAUUAACUUUUUUUCCGUGAUAUCGUUUGAUCCUAUACCACGAGACAUUAUUGUUUUUUAUGUUCAAGAAAUUGAUCCCAAACACUCAAAGGAAGGUGUAUGUCUUUCUUUAAAGGACUGCUCAUUGUUCUUGCAUUCAGAAAAUAAUGACAUUAGUCUACAUCGCAUUGUUCACAAAGCAACCAUUGUUUAUCAAUCUGAACAUUCUAAUAAAGAACAUGAAAUGGAAACUAACGUUGAUCAAAUAUCUAAAGCACUUUACAUGUUUAAAGAGAGAGACGACGAAAACAAAUUAAUGCCACAUAUUUUCGAAUAUUUUGUUGACAGAUUACGACAUUUUGGAAAAUACAAUCUUGCUCUUGAACUAUUUGAUCAAUUUAAAUCAGAAGAAUAUAGUUAUGACAAAGCUUGGUAUUUUAAUAUCCUCGGUGUUUUAUACCUUGACACCGGGAAGUAUAGCCAAGCUAAAAAUCAUCAUGAAAAGGCUCUGGAAAUUAUUAAACAAUCGUCAGGUACAAAUCAUGUUGAUGUCGCUACGUCUUUAAACAAUCUUGGUAAUGUGUAUAAUAAAACUGGAAACUACAAAAAAGCACUAGAGGUUCACGAAAAAGCUUUGGAAAUUAAAAAACAAUCGUUAGGUCCAAAUCAUGUUGAUGUCGCAACGUCUUUAAACAAUCUUGGUAAUGUGUAUAAUAAAACUGGAAACUACCAAAAAGCGCUAGAGGCUCACGAAAAAGCUCUGGAAAUUCGAAAACAAUCGCUAGGUCCAAAUCAUGUUGAUGUUGCUGAGUCUUUAAACAAUAUUGGUUUGGUGUUUGAAAAAACUGGAAACUACAACGAAGCUAUAGAGCUCCACGAAAAAGCUUUGGAAAUUCGAAAACAAUCGUUAGGUACAAAUCAUGUUGAUGUCGUGCAAGUCAUGUUGAUGUUGCUACAUCUUUAA